UUGCACACGCACUGACAGGAAACUGUCCCCACGGGCUCCUUCAUGACACCACAGUCCUUCUGGAAAUAUCAGCAGAGGAGGCUGAGAUUUCAUUUUGCUGCUUUCUUCAGCUCCAUUAACAGUCCAGAAGCCUUUUAUUUUGUAAUAAAUCACAACACUAUUCCUCCUCAGGGAGGGUUACUCUGAAAAAAUCCCCUCAGUCCGGAUCUGAAUGAAACCCAGACGGCCACAAGAGGCUCGCUCAUUGGAGGAAAUUGGAUGGACGGCGUAAGCGCUGGUCUCGAAUGAUAAAAUAGGAGCAAAAAAAAGGAGGAGGAGGAAAACAGGAGCAUGACGCGCGCGCACCAUCAGUGUGCCAAGCAGCCUCCGCGCGGAUGCUGCCACAGAACGGAGCUGAUUAUUCAUUUGUUGAAGUAAACAGGUUUUCGUCAUCAGCACGAGCGCGGCGCGCAUUCCUCAGCAGGGUUUUGCGCACAGCCAACAGUCUGUGGAGCUCUGCGCGAGAGCGCACAUCCCCGCGCGCCUCUGGUCCUGGAGAAAGCCCUUUGGAGCCAUGUGCUGGUGACGAGUCUCCUCUGAAUUUUGCAAGAAUAUGGAGCAGCAUCUCUACAAAGUAGAAUCCAGAAACAUGGACUCGUGUUUGAGGCGACUCAAGCUGGAGCUGUUGUCCAUGAAAGAAGCUGGAGAUGGCCUCCAUGCACAGAUGAACUCCAUGAUGGGAGCCCUCCAGGAACUUAAACUCCUUCAGGUCCAAACUGCGCUGGAAAGUCUCGACAUUUCAGGACGACCCAUCAACAGAGGCAUGCCGCAUGCAGCACCAGCUCCAGCGGCUCCUUCUCCCCCAUCAACUGCAGCUUCAACAGAUGUGGGACAGACCAUGAUGGAUGAGCAGAGCCCAUCUCCAAGUCCAAGGCUGUCCGUGGACAGCCCGAACUCCUUAAGCAGAGAUGAUGAGAUUUCCUCUCGAAGCAGGAGCAGCCUGGAAACCUCGUCGUCGUCAACAUCCAGUCUAGAGAGUGAGACUGAGAGUGAAGAAAGUCUAAGAAGUGUAAGAAAUUCAAGAAGUGAGAACGACUUGGAGUCAAUACCCCGGAGGUGGUCAGGGUACAUGGCUCCUCAGGUGGACUUCUGUGGACCAGUAGUAGGAAACCCACCACCAGAACCUUCCCUUCAUUCAAAGCCUCCUCAUGCGGCGCAGGUGAUGGACCUGCCGGGAAUCCUCUACAGCCUCUCCAGAGAGGGUCCUUCCUUAGACAGCGACUACUCUCAGGACAGCGCGGAUGACGGCAGCGACUGGACAUCGUCACUCAUGAGCCGCAGUCGUAACCGUCAGCCCUUGGUGUUAGGCGACAACGUGUUCGCAGACCUGGUCGGCAACUGGCUGGACCUCCCCGAGGUGGAGCGAGAGGAAGGAAAAAACAAAGAAUGGAGAAAAAGGAGAGAUGAGAGGACAUUAGAAGGUGGGGCGGACAGACCAGACACGCCUGCACACCCUCUGCGGCUGAGCCGCUCACAGGAGAUCUGCAAGAAGUUCUCCCUCACCACCAACAUCUUCAAGAAGUUCCUGCGCAGCGUCCGGCCGGACAGGGACAAGCUGCUCAAGGAGAGGCCGGGCUGGAUGGCUCCCGAGUUCCCAGAGGGGGACAUUUUUAAAAGACCAAAGAAAGCGGCUCCGAAAAAUUCUAAAGGCAGCUUUUAUCUGCCUUUCUGGGCCAACGGGCAACAGGGCAAAGGCAGGCCAUGUCCGGAGAGGAGCAGCCACCCUCAACCCUUCCCCCAAUUCCAGCAGCAGCCGUUCACUGGGAUUUAUUUAGACAGGAGACAGCCAGACACUGGCCUGGAGAAAAUGCCACCCUUGUUUGACUAUAACACAGCUGUGUGGGUGUAGGAGUGAAUCCUCAGCCAAAAGACUGUCACUUGUGUCAGACUGAAUGCAUGACAGGUGCUGGUCAGUUCAGGACGUGAAAGAAAGAUGGAUGAAUGACUAAAAGAAAACUUGGCUACAAUUACCUUCCAAAGGGAAAUGAUGAACUUGGCUCUCACCACAUGGUCCUCCAGUGACUGUGAGGUGAUGGACUGUGUUUACUGUGUGUAUGAGUGCAGCAUGUGUACAUGUUUUUUAUUAUUGUUUUGGAUAUUUUGAAUUGAUGCUGCAAGAUCUAUAUUCAAUUUCCUGUACACUUACAGAUGAACAACUGGACUGCUGGGUUGUUUUGGUACCAUAAAAUGAACAGUUUUUCUCCAAUAACGUCCAUUUUUAUCAAUAGACUGAUAUCCCUUUGUUCUCUGCAUAUUUAAAAUAUAUUUCAUGUUUGCAUUUGUACAACUUAUCUAAUUGUCGCUAGCAAAACCAAGUGUUGACUGCAUGGAGACAGUUUGAGGCUGUUUCAGAGCACACUGCCACCAAAUCUUUCUAAUCGUUUUAGAGUUUCCAAAAGUCUCAGAGACUCAGGUUGAGCUGGACUCGUCUCAAUCCCUCUGCUCAGGAAAUCAAUGAAGAAAACACUUCAAGCUGCCAUAUUUAAUCCCCUAGAUGGAAACAAUUGUGUAAUUCAGUAUAUGCAACCCACACUUUCUUUUGGUGUUGAAAUUUCUUUACUGAAAGAAAAACUGAGGCCAAUGUUUUUAAAUAACAGAAAAACUGCCAAUUUAAUCAGAAAACAUAAUCAGUUGAUUAUAAAUGUUUAUUGGUCCAGAUUCAAUAGUGCUACGGAGUAUUGGGGCAACCAUAAAAAUAAAAAAGGUGAUAAAUUUAAGAGAAUAAAAUUGUAAAAUUAUGAGGAUAAAAGUUGUAAUUUUACAAGAAAAAGAGACAUAAGAUUAUGAAAAAAAGU